AUGCCGGAGGGUGACACCAAACCAAAGCCAAGAUUGGAGGAAAACGCGCGAUCGGAGGCAAAAGCAGAGGCAGAAAAUCAGACGAUAACAGAGGUCACGAAAAAUUCGACUGUGAAUGCUGAGGACGACAUGACGCACGACAGAACAUCCAGUCAUAAGGUAAAGGAGCAAGGAGGUAUGCUGGUUAUAGCUGGGUCACUUUCAAAUUCUGUUCCCAAAGCAUACGAUUCAGUGCCUUUCGAUGUUGUAGCUGUCCACGGUAUUCACGGCGACCGUGAAAGUACGUGGAUGCUAGAGGAAUCAAACCAGCAGCCAGGGAGCCAGUGGCUCCACCAGAUAUACGAAGAUAACCCAAGCUCCCGGGUAAUGACUUUUGGCUAUGAUUCGAGUAGAUUUGAGACAGGACUCUGCAAGAUGGGGCGCUUUAAGGAUGCGGCCUUGCAGUUGCUGGAUGAUCUCGUCGAGCUAAGAAGAGGACUGGAUCUAGUCGCUGAUACGCGGCGUCCAAUCGUGUUCAUCACUCAUGACCUGGGAGGUAUUGUUGUCAAAACGGCUCUAUGGAUCGCAACGCUGGAGAACAGCAAGUAUAAGGAUAUUAAGGACUGGGCCCGGUGUCUGAUCUUUUUUGGCUGUCCGCACAGGUGCAGUAGCACUCGAGAACUGGAAGACAGUAUGGCCAGAUUAAUUCUCGCUAAUAAAACUGUGUGCCCGUGCGAUAUCGCAAACACCAUCAGAGAGCUAAGCAAGUCGAUCAUUGAGAUCAAUGAGGCUUUUUUGACCUUGAAAACACCAUUGAUCGCCAACAUAUUGAACAUAUAUUCUGAGGAGCAAGAGAUUCUUUCAAGGAUAUUUGACACCUUUACGUCCACUCUAGACCUGCCGCUUGAGAGGCGGGUUGCAUGCUGGAGAUCCCAUAUGAGCUUGUGUAAGAUGACUCUCAGCGAUGAUAUAUAUGGGUGCAUAGUCAAACAGCUACGCAAGACUGCUUCUCCGCUAGUGGCCAGUGACGGUUCUUUCAAGUUCUUGCAGACUCUUUGGUCUCUCGCUGCUCCGGUAUACCCAAUUGGGCCUUCGACCGAUACGGGACGUCGAUUAAGAUGGAUUACGGAACACAAGGCAUACAAAACGUGGAUCAACAGCCAACAACCUAGUAUACUCCAUGUCCAUGGAACUAGCGGAAUGUCCAAUGCCUCUGGACACAUUUUUAGGUCUUUGAAUAUGGAUCCCAUCCGACAGCAUAAGGGUGAAAUCGUCACAUAUUUCACUUUCAAGAAACACGAUGAACGAUUCAACUCGAUAGUCACCAUGCUGAAUACGCUCAUGCUUCAGAUCUUCAGCGAACGCCAAGAGGUCUAUAAAGCUGUGAGGCUACAGUUUGACCACAUGUUUCACAGUUCAAACUGGACCGAAACAGACUGGAAGCUGCUCUUCCGAGAUAUACUGUCCAGUCAUGAGCACGGUGGCAUUAUGUGCGUGAUCAAUAGCAUGGACGAAUGUGACAGUCCGUGCACCUCAUUUCUAAAAGAUAUUUGUAGCUUUGCCAGUCACACUGAGCGACAUUUCAAGGUCGCUAUCACCAGUAGCACUAGUAGCAAUCUCCACUCAGUGCUUGGUGACUGGCCAACUAUCAACCUUGACGAUCAUCGAGAGGAUGCUCAAGGUGAUAGCAGGACGAUAGCUUUAGAUGUUGAUCUUGAAGUCAUAGAACUCAUUCGGCAUCGACCAAACUUCUACGGCUUCAAAAAGAGAAUCACUCAGAAGCUUUUGGAAUGUGGGCGAGAUAGGCACUGGCGCCGUCUGGUUCUGAACCAGCUCAGGUUUAGCAAAGGUCCGCUCACAAGAUCAGCGACUGAACGGCAGCUUGACGUUCUACCUCCCACUACAUCUCAGGAGAUCUUUGUUCGAGUUCUAGCAAGCAUUCCGUUAGAAAGACAGCAUUGGGCUCGGAAGGUACUAAUCUGGACCUUAUACUCAUUUCAUCCUUUAUCCGUGUGGGAACUCGGUGCUGCUCUUACGCUUCAAGGUGAGAGCCUCUGCAUGAGAACUGGAGAUCUUGACGCAUUCGUCUCCCAAGAUAUCACUGGUGAGCUUGAAGAGGUUUUCAAGGGCAUUUUUAUCGUCAAAAACAACGAAGUCCAUCUUAGCCAUCCCGGCGCACGCGACUUUCUUCAGAACGAGAGUAAUGCCCAAAAGUGUGCCUGGUAUGAUGUGAAAGAAGCAGCACAUCAACAGAUAACCGAGACCUGCUUCUUCUAUCUCUCUCUGCCACGGGUGCACGAGUCUAUGGAAACAAGUUACAACUACUUUCUCACCAAUCUACUCGAAUCACCAACCCUCAAUCUGAGGUCCAGUCUCUGCUUGUACGCAAUUAAGUAUUGGGCAAGGCAUUACCAGCUCAUCCCCAGAUCGAAUCGACCACUGGAAAGUGCUCUUGAGUUUUGCCGGGAUACAAAUGCUGUGCGGCUUUGGACUCAAGCAUACUGGUCAUUAUGCAGGCCGACAAGACAAACAGAAAGCGUAUUCAAGUCCAGGCUACCCAUUCUAGCAGGGCUGGGUCUAGAGGAUCUAUUAAUGGAAUGGCUUGACCCAGGGACUCAGCCGAAUCACAAUGAGGACUGUGCCAUAGCGUUGACAGAGGCAGCACAGAAUACGGACUUAGAAAUCGUUCGCACACUCCUUCUCGAUAGCGAAUACAGUCAAUCGAAUCUAGAAGACGCGCUUAUCGCCGCAUCCUCUCGUUGCGAUGAGUCAGUUCUGGGCUUGCUGAUCACACACAUUGAGCAGCGUUGCGAGAGCUUCAAAUGGCCACCUACUCUCCUAUGUCGGGUAGCGCAAUUCGGGCUAAAUGAUGUGAUCAAGCGCCUACUCAAGUGCGGAGCUUCACUUGAAGCGGCAGCCACGCUGCAUGGCUGGACGCCACUGCACCUCGCAGCUCGACAUGGACACGCAGAAGUCGUCAAAGUCUUGUUAUAUAAUAAGGCCAGCCUUACAGCUCUGGAUGAACUUGGCCUAACUCCACUACAUAUUGCGUCUAAGUAUAGCCAAGCCACUGUGUUCAGCCUCCUUCUGGCUGCCUGUGCCGACUAUACCACCAUAGAUAAGAACGAAAAUACUGCGCUAUAUAUCGCCUGUAGGAACGGUAGUCACGUGGUCGUCAAAAUGCUGCUCAUGAAGUCAGAAUGUAACAUGGGUUCUAUCCGGCAAGGCAGAUUCCCGCCCUUAUCAAUUUCCUCCUACUAUGGCUUCUAUAAGUGUACCCAAUUACUACUCGAGAACCAUGCAAAUACAGAGAUUCAGGAAGUAGAAAUUGGAACGCCACUCUUCCACGCUGCUCUGAAUGGCCAUGUUAAGCUUUGCCAGCUGUUGCUCACACACGGAGCUAAUCCAAAUACAUCCUUUGACGGCAUUCCUAUUCUCUCUGAGUCCGCCAAGACCGGAAAUCUCGAACUUAUCAAGGUGCUCAUCGAGCAUGGAGCAGAGAUCAAUGUCACUGAUUUAGAAGACCAGGACGCGCUUCAAAAAGCUUCGAUGAAGGGAGAUAAAGCUCUGGUAGCAUAUCUACUUGAGCAGGGUGCCAAUGUCUACCAUGAGGAUGGCAACGGCUGCACUGCGACUAUCCUUGCUGCUCACCUCGGGUUUGCGGACAUUGUCCAAAUUCUGAUCGACGGAGGAGCAGACCUGGAACAUCACUCUUUGGAUGGCUGGACACCCCUUCAUUCGUGCUAUUCUCACGCCGAGACGACCCGUGUCUUGUUGAAGAAUGACGCAGACGUGAAUAGUGUCACGAAGCAGGGCUCCACUCCACUCUUCCUUGCGGCCUACAGCGGGGUUUUCGAUGUCGUGAGGGUGCUCCUGUCGUACAGCCCUGACCUGGAGCUUCUUUCGGCGGAAGGAGCCUCGGCACUGACCGUUGCUACGAAGUCAGGUAACCCUGAGGUUAUCCGAUUACUCCUAGAAGCCGGAGCGAACAUUAACCACCAAUCUGAGCGGAAUAAGUUUCCCUUGCAAUUUGCUGUUGAAAGAAACAUGGAAAAUGUUCUUCGGGUACUAAUGGAAUACAGACCUAAGAUCGAUCUCGUUGAUGAUAAUGGCGACACCGCGCUCCACUGUAUAAACUCUGACACCUCUAUCACAACUGCCAGAAUCUUGGUCAACGCUGGCGCAGACGUCAACUUCCGCAAUAAAAACCAAGAUACGCCAGUCUGCAAGGCAGUAUGGUGCAAUAUUCCGGAGGUAUUGAUUUAUCUUGUAAAGAAAGCCAAGCUUGACAUUGUAGGGGGCAUACGUGGCGGCCCGUUGCACAUCGCCUGCUACCUUCUCAAUCUCCGCCUCGUGAAGAUCCUCGUUGAUAUAGGCGCAGAAGUGAAUCUUGUUGAUCCUGUUGCCGGAACACCCUUGCAGAUUGCGUGCCGCGGCCUAGAGACGUCCAAGGAGCAGCAGGAGAGUGUCAUCUUUUAUCUUAUCAACGAAGCUAACGCAGAUCUCGGCAUCGUUGGCGGUUUGCAUGGAUGUGCGCUCAACGCAGCUUGCGGAAGGUCAAGCUUCGAUGUUGUGAGACUGAUGCUCGAGAAGGGCACGAGUAUUGAUGACAAAGAUGAUAUGGGUAGAAUGGCCAUCCACUUCGCAGCGGCGCGGAGCAUAGAAGUCUUUCACGCAAUUCUCGAAUCGGGAGCGGAUGUUGAGGUAGUCGAUAAGAUGGGUAGAACAGCACUACAUUGGGCUUCUGUCAGCGGCAUGGUCCACGUUGUUAAUCAUAUUAUAUCUUUAUCGAGGCGGUUGGUGAAUCAGCCUGAUCUUGAUGGCUGGACUCCUUUGCUAUGGGCGGCGAGGGGCAGCAAUACUACUCUAAAACAAGUCUUGCCGAGUGCCCAAAAGGAAGUCAUCAAACUCUUACUGGACCGUGGCGCGGAUCCAUGCGUUACGACCAAAGGUCUGAAGUGGGAGUGGUCUCCGGCCAAGAUUGCUAGAUACCAUGGCGUGGUUGACACGGUCGUUCAGUUACUGGAGGGAAAGGCAAAAGAAAAGCUCGGUGCCACGAAGGCUAGUGAAUUAUGGCAUAAGCAUUCCCAUGUAGAGAGACAGGCAGAUAGGAAAACAGCAUGGUGUGACUACUGUUGUUCGUUCAUUCACGGAAUCCGAUAUCAUUGCGAGAAGUGCCUGACCUUCGAUCUUUGCUAUAAGUGUCAUCAUUCCAGGGAGCGUAUACACCCCCCGGCUCAUCCAUUCUUAUCCAUCGGACCCGAAUACCCAACAGAGAGCGAAGCAAGUACUUCCGAGAGUGAGGAGGAGGACGACGAGGAGGAUGAGGAAGAAGGGAAAGAAGAAGAAGAGGGAAAGAAAAACUCCGAAUAA